CUCUGAUCCGUUAUUAGCCACCUGAUUGGUUCUCGGUUUUACCACAUCCCGCCGCUGAGUGCGACUUCAGAAAACAGCUUGCAUCACAUUUAACCAUGCCCAAGUCUAAAGAAGUCCUGUCUUCCACUUCUGGUAGUGAUUCAGACAGUGAAACAGAAACAAAGGCUAAAAGAAAGAAGGCAAGUGCUCCUGAGAAGCCUGCAAAAAAACAGAAAGGCGGAGAGACCUCCAAACCGAGUGGCUCUGCUAAGAGUGACAAAAAAUGUGAGGAUAACAUGUUUCAGAUUGGAAAGCUGAGAUAUGUCAGUGUCAGGGAUUUCAAAGGCAAAGUUUUGAUUGACAUUCGAGAGUACUGGAUGGACCAAUCUGGUGAAAUGAAACCUGGCAAAAAAGGAAUUUCAUUGAAUCCUGAGCAGUGGAAUCAGUUAAAGGAACAAAUGUCAGACAUUGAUGACGCAAUUAAGAAAUACUAAGAUCUUUCUGUACAUUUGAAUGGUUGGCAAAUUAUUUUAAGAAUUAAACACUUUGGUGCACGGGGACUUAAACAAACCUUGACCCCCUUUUCAAGUUAUGUUUGCUGUUAAAUAGCUUUUUGCUUAUUUUGUUGGUCAAUUUCCAGUUGUGUGCUGUUAAAUGUAUAUGUGUGUGUGUGUAUAAUAAGUCUUGACUGGGUGAUUAUUUUAAUCAAAUAGCUGACUUGUUGUCAUACUUCAUGUAAUAAAAGGCUUUGUUUGGUUUAGA